GGUGCCCGAAGGCCGGUCCGCCGAGCCAAGAAGCCGCCCGCAAGGUGCCUCCGCAGAAACCCAAACGCAGCCCCAACACGCACCUCUCCGUCUCCUUCGACGAGGCCUACUCCGGGCGCCUCCCAGGACCCGCUCCGGGAGGCCCCGCCCUGCAGCGCUACGGCCGCUCCGCGUCCCACGGCCAAGCCAAAGGCUCCGACGUCGAGGAGGACGAGCCGGUUUACAUCGAGAUGGUGGGGGACAUUUUCCGGGGACCCGGGCCGCCGUCGCAAGGCGUCGCCGCGAACGACGACGACUCCGACGAGAGCGAAGCCAUUUACGAAGAGAUGAAGUAUCCGCUGGCCGAGGAAUCGGCGGAGGCUCGUCCCAACGGGGGCUUGGCCUCUCCCGGGCACCGGCCGGUCAAGAAGGAGGGCGCCAAGAUGGCGCCUGGCAGUAAAACCUCCCCGUGUGACAUCCCUGCCCCGUUCCCCAACCUUUUGCAGCACCGCGCCCCGUUGCUGGCUUUCCCGCAGGGCAAAAAGGGCUACAAGGGAGGCCCGGACGGCUCCAAACUACCCGUUCUGUGCCAUGCCAAGGAUGCCCCCUCGGCCCCCAUGACCCCGCAGGUGCCCAGCCACCACCAGCAGCGAGGCGGGGCCGACAAUCCGGCCUUGGCGCCUUCCGGUCGGGCUCGUAGCCACUCGACGCCGUUGCCUCCCCAGCCGGCCGGACAAAGCAAGCCGGACAAGGAUUUGCCCGUAUCUCACAGCAUGAUCUGUCCCACCGCCAAACCGGCUCCGCCGGUGGCUUUCGCCCCUUCCGGUUUGCCGGGGAAGGACAAGCCGUCCGUCUCGUACACCAUGGUCUACUCGGCGGUCAAGGUGACGACUCACACGGCGCCCUCAGAGGCCAAAGCCGAAGAGAUCUCGGUGCUGCAGGGCCUGCUGUGCAGCCGGCCUUCCCCCGUGCCGGAUGGCCGGCCGGGACAGCGGAUCUGCCCGUUGCCCGAGCCGCCGCCGCUGGGUAUGGUCUGGACUUAUCCGGCGCCCUGCGCGGGGCUGAAGCGC